AUGUCUUCACAAUUCUUGCAGACAGAGCUUGCAAACCUCAUUCAGGAGUCUAGACGAAAGAAUUCUGACCUGCGAAGUGCAGCAGAGCAAUCACUAAAUGAGUUGAAAGCGUUGCCCUCGACAUCUGAGGCACAAAUAGCAGCUGACCUUGUCCGCAAGCCAACUUUUGUUGAGCCAUUCAUCAUCGCAUGUCAUACUCGGCAUGCAAAGCUUGCUGGAAUUGGUGUGAUAUGCCUGCAGAGAUUGAUCGCAUCGCGAGCAUUGCCAUCGCAUCGCUUGAAGGAUGUUCUUACAGGCCUGCGGGAAACGACGAACUUGAGUCUUGAUAUUCAGCUCAAAAUCCUACAAUCGUUACCUUCUCUGCUGCAAUACUACUCCAAUGAGCUCAGUGGAGAUCUUCUUGCAAAUACGUUGGAAAUAUGUGCAACUUUACAAGCAAGCAAGCAAAUCGCCGUCAGCAGUACUGCCGCUGCUACACUUCAACAACUUGUGGUUUCAACAUUUGAGAGAGUUUCUAGCGAGGACAAGCUCUCUACCGAUGCCAAAACUACCAAGACCGUGAAAGUCGAUGGCCAGUUUGUAGAAAUAGGGCACUUUUCAUAUGAUGCCCUACAGGUUCUGGAUGAUCUUUGUCGCCUCAUUGAUGGUGAACAACUGCAAUUUCUUCGCACCAGAACUCUAUCACCUCCUUUCGUUCUCGAGCUUAUCGAGAGCAUCAUACUUAACAGUGGUCGUCUCUUCGUAGGACACCCCGAACUGUCCCAAGUACUGCGUGUUCGCUUGGUACCAUUGAUCGUUCGAUGUCUAUCCGAGAGGACUACAUUUGCCCAGACCGUCCGCGUUACUCGGAUUCUCUUUGUUCUUCUCAAGCGCCACAUGUCUCUCCUAACCUCAGAAAGCGAGAUGGUUCUUGGUCUUCUGACUCAUUUACUUGAACCAGAUGGAACUGCACCAUGGAAGCGAGUUCUGUGUAUGGAAUUAUUCCGGGGCCUUUAUUCCGAACCAGGGGUUGUUCGUCAAAUUUACUCGCUUUUCGAUGCAGCAGAAGGCAGGAAGAAUAUCCUUCGGGACCAUAUGGCCUCUUUUGUGCGGCUGGCUUCUGAAAAACCCUCAUUGAUUGGUGUCAGCAAUCAAUCAACAAUACCCCUACGUGCGGACCAUUCACGGUCAAUGACGGAGGAUCAGAUUGCUCUUGAGACUGGCGGUGUUGCAGGUGUCAUUGGAACAUCGCUUCCCCAGACCGAGAUGAAGGUCCCCGGGAUCAGUACUCAGUGGAGUGUUGUCCGAACGCCUUACAUGGAGCUGCUUGACAAGACAGAGCCGUCACUGCCUCCAGAGACUUAUAUCUACAGUCUUGUUCUGAAUUGCAUUAGCGCCUUUGCUGAGGGACUUGCAAAGUUUAUUCUCCCACUCACUGUUCCGGAUUUCAAGCAAAAACGGAGAAAUCGACUGGCUGGUACUCCUGAUCAGGGGCCUGAAUCGGCUAGAUCCUCCCAGGACCUUCAAUCACCAGAUGCGGGAAGAACACAGACAGCUGCGCCGUUCAAGAAGUCGUCCGUACCAAUAAAUCCCUUGGAUUUACAGUCUCAUGUUCAGUUUUCUGCCAUCAAGACAUGUGCUGGCAUCAUCGAGAAUUGUUGGCCUGCUGUGCUUGCAGCUUGCUCCACAUUUCUGCACGCUUCCCUUGACGACGAAUUCUACCACAACCUAGUUCGAGCAUUUCAGAAGUUGGCCCAUGUCGCCGGCCUGCUUAGGCUAUCAGUGCCCCGAGAUGCCUUUCUUACAACGCUCGGGAAAGCUGCUAUGCCUGCAAGCACGGGUAGCUCUAAAGUGCAGACCCUUGGAGCACCGACCGCGGCAGGAUCCCAGGCUCAUGAGGAUCUUCAGAAAAAACGAAAAAGCUUUGAUUUCACGCGAACCAAUUCAUUGCCGUCGGAUUCACUUGGCUCAUCUAUCAUAGAUGGUCCCCUUACUUCUCUCAGCACGAGAAAUCUUCUUUGUCUUAGAGCUCUAAUCAAUCUUGGAAUUGCGUUGGGGCCAACCUUGGAUCAACCAGCCUGGUCCAUUUUGCUGGAGACAUUGCAGUAUACUGGGUUGGUCAUUGGCAUGUCAUCAAGUGCAAUGGUCAAAUCAGCUAGUGGUGCGGCGGAAGUUCCAGGAAUUUCAGGGAAUGAUAUCCCUACAGCCAAUCUCGGCACAGAAGUUAUUGCUGUGCAAGCUGCUGCUUCUAAACUGUUUGAAAGCACCGGUGAUUACCCCAGUGAUUCAUUCCAGGAUAUUCUUCUUGCCCUUUUGAACCUGUCCGUAUUUACGGAACAGCGAGAAGAACAAGAAGAAGUCCAGCAGGUAUCUGACUUGCCUCAAUCACCACAGUCAUCCCGGCCGCCUGGGCGCUUGCAUCAAAAUGCCCGGCGUGUAUCACACACCGUUGGGAAAUCAAGGAUGCAAGAUGAGGAGCUGAAAUUCGUGUUAGACAAAGGAAAUGAACUGGCUAAAGCAAAUCUCGAGAGACUAUCUUCGUUGGAUGCAACAGAUAACAACGCCUGGCAAUUACUGACACAAAGUCUCAUCUCCAUCUCUGCGAACAUCGCAAUUAGUCCAAAUCUUCGCCUGCAGGCCAGCGGGAUUUUGAAUUCAUUGAUAUUUUUGACGAUGAAACCAAGAAACGAAGAUGAAGAGGAGACACAAAACAAGGUGCAGACAAGGAAUCUCCAAACUCUCAAGGAUCAAGUUGCCUCUCUUUAUGCAUCGGAUCUAGUUUCUUCCAAGUCUCUGCCCAUCACUGUGGUUGAAAUUCACGAGCAGAGCCUAGAGGUUCUUCAAAACAUUCUUGAGCAAUACGCAGAAACGUUCCAAGAUGGAUGGAACCUUGCAUUUGACUUGAUUUCCGGCGUCUUUCAAGGUGUUGCAAAAGUGGAAAGUACUGACCAACUCUCUUUACCCACCGAGCGCAGAUCCUCGGGCUUGCCAGCCGGGCCACGAUUAGUUCGUGCUGCAUACAAGUCACUGCAUCUCGUCGCAUCUGACUUCCUCUCCUUGCUGCCUGCAGCUUGUCUCUUGAGUUUGGUCGAUUCGCUCUCGAGCUUUGCGUCUCAAACGCAGGAUUUCAACAUCUCCCUUACAACCACCUCAUUUUUCUGGACCGUGUCUGAUUUUCUCCAGGGUCAGAUCGAAAGAUUUUCCAUUGAGAGUCAUGUUGAUGCGUCUGUCAGUGAAGAGGCUCUGGGUGACCUCGCCCAAGCCAAGGACCUCUCUGUUUCGAGAAAUUCGCUCUGGCUUCUGCUGCUACUUCGCAAUGUGGAUGUAACCACGGAUAGCAGAUCGGAAGUCCGCAACAGCGCGAUCCACACUCUUCUUAGAAUUUUUGAUGCUUAUGGGCAACAACUUUCUCCCAAAGCAUGGCGAUUGUGUCUGAACCGGGUCCUCUUUCUGAUGGUGGAGCAAAUUGAAAGCACCUUAACGCAGUCGAAGGCCGUGAAAAGCGAUCUCAAAUCCUGGGUGGACACAACAGUCGUGAUGAUCAAUGGAGUUGCCAAUCUGAUCACGACUUUCUUUGAAACUAUUGUGAGCGAUGAGAAGUUUGAUCAGUCAUGGACACGCCUUUUGAAGUACCUGCAAGCCUUGGUAGACAUGCGUCUCCUCGAAUUCAGUGAAGCCACAUUUGCCAGCCUCUCAACUAUUCUCAUCCGAGUACAAUCUGUCACUGGGCUGAGUAAAGAUGCGCUUCAGUGUGCUUGGAAUCUGUGGACCAAUGGGCACCCCGCUGGUGAUGAAGCCAAACUUGAUCUGGAUCGACCAAAUCAAGAUGCUGCGCUGGCUUAUAUUCAAACCCUCCAACAAGUGUAUCGUCUUUACAAAGAUGAUUUGACUACGGAACAUAUUGAACAGGUCCUAAGUCACUUGCGGCUGCUCGUAUGGAACUCGGUAUCCCCAUCCUAUUCGCCAGAUAUCGAUCGACCUUCCGCCGUUCAAGCACUUGUGAUCGAUUGUAUCAAGUCUCUAUGUUUGGAAAAGGAAGAUUCUCAAGCUGCUAUUCUUUUGUGUCUUGCUGUCCUGUCUUCUUCGGCACUAUCCCAAUGGAGCCCUGACAGCGACUCGAGAAGGCCUACAUUCGUGGCUUUUUCGAAAGAUGUCAUAGAUCUUAUCAGCUGGUAUAUCGCUGAGUUCGGCAUCAAACAAGACAUUUUCACUAAUGGUGCCCUGGCAACUACCCUCGAUCGUCUCAGUGUGCCAAUUGGGCAGAAGUACACGUGGCAAGGAAAAGACCGCGAGCCAUAUCUCUGGCAGAAGGCCUCAACGAUAUCCUUGAACGUACUACAAGUCGCAGUUCCCUAUGUGGAAAAGCAAUACACCGAGGCUAAUACGUCAGAAAUAACUCGCUUUUGGCAAUGCGUCGUCGAUGCUACACAUGGCAUCGUCUCUGCCCGCGGGUUCCAAGCCCAGCAACUAUCAAACGCUCAGAUUCAGACCGAUGAGGCUUUCGACAUCGCCGCCUUCACUCGCCUGAAGACACUAAUAUUACCUUCGCUCGGAGCAUCUGCAAUCGCAAGUUCGGUCCGCCGUGACUUUGCUUAUGCCCUGUUCAAUUCGUCCUUCAUAUACUCGCCCCAGCGACUCGAUCUCCCAGCCACUUCGAUCGAGAAGAAUCCCCUGCAAGACUUCUACAAAGUCCGAUCGGGCCGUACUUUCGAUCCCCCUCCAACCCUGCGCCCGAAAAUGGCCUACGUGCUCAUGGACACUCUUUUCGAGCUUGCUACGAGUGCAGACACUGAUGAUGCAUCAAUGCUGUCCCCGCAGACCCUGCUUGCCCAAUCUGUUUCUCCAUACCUCCUGCUCCGCUGUGCCAUGUCGCUGAAAGCCUACAUUGCUGAUCAGCCUCUGCGCGGCCUGAUGCCUCAACCUACACCUGCGCGCAAGGCUCUGCUUCAUCUUCUUGUCCACGUGGUUCGGCUCCAAAGCGAGCCUUCCGCUAUCCCAGAUCCACCAGUUCUGAAAACUAUCUCGGUGACGACUGGUUCGGAAGACAAUUCUCCGCGUCACCACCGCAAGCAUCUUGAAUGGCUGUAUCCGCUCGUUGUAAAGGCAAUUCAGGUAGCAGGCAAAGAACGCGAUGAUGGACAAGUGCUCCAGGCCCUUGGAAAGGUACUGCAGGAGACGGGUCAUUUCGAGUAA